AAACAGACUGUUAGAAUGGAGUGGAACGUCCAGCAGGGGGCGGUAGAAGCUGUCGCAGACCGCAGCUCUGCAGCAGAAGAAGAAGAAGCGGACUCUACAGAUCCGUAUCGACCCGCUUCGAUGGCGCCUGGCCGGCUGCUGGAGGUGUACCUGGACCUGCUGUCGCAGCCCUGCCGGGCCGUGCAGAUCCUGCUCGCCCGCACCGGGAUCCCGCACAAGGUCUGCGCCGUGGCGCUGCGCAAAGGGGAUCAAAGGACUGCGGAGUUCACCAAACUGAACCCCAUGCAGAAGGUUCCUGUCAUGGUGGACAACGGCUUUGUGCUCACAGAGAGUGACGCCAUCCUGAAGUACCUGACCACAAAAGAGGGCGUUCCUGAGCACUGGUACCCUCCUCAACCGGACCGCAGAGCUCGCGUGGACGAGUACACGGCAUGGCAUCACACCAACACACGCCCGCAUGCUGCCAAAGUCUUCCUGCUGGAGGUGCUGUUCCCAGCCCAGACCGGUGGGCCGGUGGACGAGGCGCGGCUGUGGCGCGCGCUCUCAGAGCUGGACGGCACGCUGGACAAACUGGAGUCCAUGUUUCUCCGCCGGCAGCCGUUCUUGUGUGGCGAUGACAUCACCAUUGCAGAUCUGCUCGCCGUCUGCGAGAUCAUGCAGCCUCUCGGCGGAGGGCGGGACAUCCUAAAGGACCGCCCACUUCUGCAGCGCUGGAAGAGCCGAGUCCAAUCGGCCGUCGGCGAGGCAUUUGAUGAGGCUCACUCAGUUCUGUACGCCCUCAGGGAUCGCCGCAAAGCCAAGCUGUGAUGUCAUCGAGAGGCGGAGCCAGCAGAGGUUUAAAAUCUUUGCUGCUGCAGGAGGAAGAUGAGGAUAAUUUGAGUGUUUUAAUAAACUUUUAAUCAAUCAUCUGAGGUCCAGAAAAAGAGCCUUAAACAACCCUCAAAUCACCUGAGGUGUGACGUCACUGAACACCUGCAGAGCACCACAUCAGAACCGAUCCGAUUGGUUUGUUUUGGUGAGGGUUAGCAUAUCCAUUGUGUGAUUCAGACUGUAAAGCACUUUAACGUUUUAUAAUGGAAAAAAUAAAACUAAUGUUAUUUUCUCAA